AUGGGUAGUAAUUGCUCGAAUUGUUAAAUCUGCUCAAAGAAGGAUGAAAUUUUAAUUACUGAGUUUCAUCAAUAGACUAUAAGUCGCUAAUCUCAUGAUUAAGAAGAUAACAAUAAAGUAGAAAAUCAAAAAGAGUAUUAUAAAGCCUAAAAUAAUGAAUCCUUAUCAGUAAUUUUAGAAAACUUUAAUCCUAUUCAAGCUGUUCAAAUACCAAAUGAUAAAUAAUCUGAAAUCAUCCUGACUUCAUGUAUAUUAUAUAGUUUAUAAUUUGAAGAAUCUAAUAGUGAUUUACAGAAUCGAAAAAAUGAGAUGGUUUAAAGAAAUUAAGAAGAAAUGAUGGAAACUUUUGGAAAUAAAUGUUUUACUUAAAGUAGAGAAAAAAGAUUAAGGUAUUAUUUCAAAAGUGGUGCUUACUAUGAGGGAGAAUGGGUUGGAUAAUACCGAGAUGGAUUUGGUAUUUAAAUUUGGGCAGAUGGAGCUAAAUAUGAAGGAGAUUGGAAAAAAAAUAGGGCACAUGGAAAAGGUAAGUUUUGGCAUGUCAGCGGAGACCUUUAUGAUGGAGAUUGGAAAGAAGAUAGAGUUUGUGGUUAAGGAAAAUAUAUUCAUGCUUAAGGAGCUAAAUUUGAGGGAUAUUGGAAUGAUGAUUAACCACAUGGAUAUGGAAUUGAGAUAUGGAUAGAUCAUUCUAGAUAUGAGGGAAAUUAUUAAUGUGGUAAAAAGGAUGGUUUUGGUAAAUAUUAUUGGAGUGAUGGAUCUUAUUAUUUGGGUUAUUGGGAGAAAAAUUAAUUAGAAGGAUAUGGAAUUUAUACUUGGUCGGAUGGUAGAGUAAAUAAUAAGUUCAAUUUAGAAAUAUUCGGGAAUGUGGAGUAAAAAUUAAAUGAAUGGUAGAGGAAUAUACACAUGGCCAGAUGGACGUUAAUAUGAAGGAGAAUAUAUUAAAGAUAAAAAAUAAGGAUAUGGUAUUUAUUAGUGGCCUGAUGGAAGAAGUAUAUAUUAUGAUAAUAUAUUAGAAUAUGAAGGUUACUGGUAAAAUGGAAAAUAAUCUGGAAAAGGCAGAUAUAUAUUGCCUACUGGUAAAAAGUAAUUAGGGUUAUGGGAAGUUGGUUGUAGAAUUUAAUGGAUAGAUGAUGAAGAGGAUAUUAAACCAAUAGAUUGGGAUGAUUACAUACAACCUACAUUAUAAUAAGAUAACAUUAAAAAUAAAUGA